CUAAUGGUUUUGAAUGUUUCUUUUUCCUUUUUCUUUUUGUUAAUAUCAAACGUCAAAUUUGACAAUGGCGCUAAAAUCAUAUAGAAAAUGAGGGGAGUAAUGUUAUCGUUUCUCAGUAGACAGAUUAAAAAUGGCCGAACGGAAUUUGUAAUGGUUGAUGCCUGUGAAGUAACAGUCAAUUUUAAAUGAUCGUGAAAUAAAUAAUACAUCUUUUAGACAAUUUCUUUUAAUAAAUAAUACGAAUUUAUUACUAGUUUAUUAUUUUUAAUGACUGUUCUGUGAAAACGAAUCCUUACCAAAGAAAUAAAAAGAUUAAUGGGGAAUGAAAAAAGUGCCCCUAGCGGGCUGGAAAUUGACGAGAAAUCUGUGGAAAUAACAGAUUUUUGGAUACAUUAUACGGCCCAUAUAAAUGAUUAUAAUGCUGAAAAAGUCUCUGUAUUUAUCAGUGAACCAUCAUUACAUUAUAAUGCAAAUUUUGGAAAUCCUUCUCCUUUAGAGAAAGCAGCAAAGAACCUGAUGUUAUAUAGGCAUCCUUGUAUAUUAAAAUAUAUUUCUUCAUGGUUUAAAGGCAGUAAAUUUUUCCUAACUACCGAACAAGUUAGACCAUUAAUUCAAUCGAUAGAAACACAGAAUACAUUGCAAAUAUGUAUGGGUUUAUAUAGCAUUCUACGUGCAUUGGUUUUUCUUCAUGAAAAAGCAUUUAUAUCGCACAAUAAUAUUUGUGGAAGUUCUAUUUAUGUUACACCAGAAGGAUGUUGGAAACUUGGUGGAUUAGAAUGUAUAUGUAAAUCUAAAGAGUUAACUUCUUCUUAUUUAAAAAAGAUAAGAAGUUACAGGUACGAAAGAGCUGUGUCUCCUAAUGAAGAUAUAACAGCUGUACCUACAAAUUUUACAGCAAUCGAUGCGUAUGCAUUUGGAGUUUUAGCAGAAGAUAUAUUAAAAUUAAAAGAUUCAGAUAUUCCAGGCCUCUUAGAAUUUAAACAAUUUUGCAAGGAAAAUUUGCAGAAUUCAGAUCCAGAGUUAAGAAGCAAGUUGUCAAAUGUACUUCUACACCCAUUUUUCACUCAUGAUUUCAUGAAAAUAUAUGCAUUUCUAGAAGAAUUACCCUUACAGAAUAAUCAGGAAAAAGAAAUGUUUUUUGGAACACUAAUAACGCAACUGAGAACAUUUCCUGAAAAUAUUGUUGCAGAACAGUUAGGACGAUUAUUACUUUCAAGAAUAGUUUUAUUAGAUUCAACAGCACAAGAGAAACUUCUACCUUUUAUUUUAAAACCAAGGGAUCGAAAAGACGGUACAGAUAAUAAUUUAUUUACAAUUUCAACAUUUAAAGUCCAUUUGGUGCCUAAAUUGUUACAGAUGUUUUGUAUAAGAGAUUUAUCAAUUCGUUUAGUACUUUUAUCUCAUUUCAAUUCGUUUGUGCAUGCAUUUCAAGUAGAUGAAUUAAAAUCUCAAGUACUUCCUGAAUUACUUGUUGGGAUCAAAGAUACCAAUGAUCAAUUGGUGUCUGCAACAUUAAAAGCACUGGCUUAUAUAGUUCCAAUUCUUGGUGCAGCCACUGUAAUUGGUGGAAAGAGAGGAAAACUGUUUACCGAUGGUCGACCAAAUAAACUGAAAGAAAAAGUAAAGGAUAAGGAUAAGAGUAAUAUAGAUACAAAUGAAUUUACGAAUUCGAUUAAUACAAUAGAGAAAACAGUUAAUUUACCUGAAAGACCUUCGCCAGAUGGAGGAGAGGAUAAAAAAGAGAUUGUUUCAUCAAUUAUAGAAGAAGAGUAUACGUGGUCUGACUGGGACGUACAAGAGAGUACCGCCGGAGACACGCAUCCUCGUAUUUCACUAUCAUCCUCCGAAACAAUCUGUCAGUCUAAUGAUGUUUUAAUUUUAAAUUCAACACCGGAAAUUGAAGAUACAGUACUAAAUACAAAUGUAACAAAAACAAUAGAUUCAAAAGCUAUAAAGAAGUUAGGUAUUUUAUCUGAUAUUUCAGAACUUGAUAUCAAGAAUUCGAAAUUAUCAAAUUGUUCCAAGGAUGAGUACGAUUAUUUUACAGAUAUGGAACCUAUAAUAAAGAAAACGCAAUUUUUGCAUGUACAGCAACCAUCGAAAAGUGUGUUUGACAUGAAAGCGUUAAAUGAGGUCGAAACUAUGGAAGAGAAUAAUGGUUGGGAUGAAGAUUUGAGUGAUUGGGGAACAGAAGUUGGCGAAGAGAUCAAAAGUUGAAAAAUGUACUAUGUAUAUUUUGCAUCUAUAUAUUUAAAGGAUAAAGUGUUUAAUUUUGUUUAAAUAAAAUAAAGAAAAUACCUUUUCUUUA